AUGGCGCGGCUGCGGCUCGGGUUUGCGGACAGAGCAGAGCAGCAGGACCCGGGUUCAGGGACGCCCGAGCUGAACGCCCCGGGCAGACACCGAGCUCACAGCGCAGGAAGAGGAGCCCCGGUGCCGGAGCCGCCGGCGCUCACCCCCAGCGCGUGCAAACACUUGAUACCGUGCGGGCGCACCGGGACCCGAGCGCGAUCGGGCGGGGCGGGAUCGGGCCGUGCGCAGGUGCCGGGGGAGCGGCCCCGUCCCGCCCUCUGCACACCUUUCCUCCGGGCCGGCCGGAGCCGCGCCGAGACCACGGCAGAGCCCGGACGGAGAGGCCGGGCCAUGGCGGAGCAGAGCAGCCCCCGAGCCCCGCCGGCGGGACGCGCCUGGGCGGGCGGGCACGCUGUGCCCGGAGCGGGGCGGGAGGGGCCGCCGAGCAGCCGCGCCACCGCCCCGGGAUCGCUGUGGAGCCGCCGCUGCCGGUAUCUGCGCACGGGCAGGGCGUGCUGCCAGAUGGUGCAGGCGCUGCUCGCCGUGCUCAUCCUGGUCUGCGCCUCCGUGUCCUGCGGGCCCCCGGGCGGCUACACCGGCCUGCCCGACCUGGGCGGCAUCUACUACUACCAGUAUGGCGGCGCCUACAGCGGCUUCAGCGGGGCGGACGGGGAGAAAGCCCGGGAGCUCGACCAGCGCUUCUACCUGCUGAAGCUGCCGGUAGCGAGGGCAGCGAUGGCCGUGGGAGGCUGCCUCCUGGCUGUCUCCUGCGUCCUCCUCUCGCUUGGGGUUCUGCGGUUACCGUGGCGCUUCCCAGCGUGGCUGCUGCUGGAAUGUGCCCUGGAUGCAGUGGUCGCGAUGGGCAUGGUGCCUGCUCUGUACUACUACUUCCACUUUCUGCUGGAGGUUUAUAAUUCAUCAGUGUGCAAAGAGAGAGAGCAGCUUUAUCAAAGCAAAGGCUACCAGGGCUUCAGGUGCAGCCUGCAUGCGGCAGAAGUUGCAGCUGGCCUGUGGGGCUGUGUGGUUGUCAUGGCAUACCUGAUCAGUGCAGGGCUUGCAGCCAGGGCCUACACAGCUGUUCGGACACUGAAGCAGAAGCCAGUGCAGUUAGAAUGAUCACUCCACUCCAGCACUGGCCACGAUUUUUGCCACCCUACUUACACAGGAAGGCAAAAGCUCCUUACUGCUUUUCCGCACUUCUGAGCAGUGCAUUCUUAAUGCUGCCCCAGAGCACACACUAAACAUGGGAGAGUGAAGCAGUUCCUAACCUGGAUUUGCAUUACUAUCAGUGGACACAAAGCUAGACCUAUUGUCUGUGUCUGGUGGCUGUCCCGUAGCAGAGUGUGACCAUCCCGCAGCUGAACAGCAAGCCUUUCCCUCCCCUCCACCGGGGCCUUGCUCUCUCCAGUGAGGUCUUGCUCCAAGUAGUGCUACUACAUCCUUUCUGUAGCUGAGGCUCCUUACAAAGGGCAUGUGACAGCUCACACAGAACAGACGCCCAUGGUUGCGGCAUCUUGUUGCUGCAUUCCUGCACGUCUGUUAGAACUAAGGGCCUCCUGAACAUGGUGUGUAUGGAGCCAUCGCACAAUCCUGAAAUAAAAGGUGCAACAUGAUCAAUACACUCUGCCCAAGCUAUGAUUUGAUGCCUUUCAUAUUCCUGCAGAGGGCACGGUUUUGUAUAAAACGGUCCUUCACAGAACUUGUAUCCAACAGUUGCUUAAGAAGAUGCCCCAUGUUGGGAUAAUCAGAUGGAAGUUUUAAGAGCUCAGAGGUACGGUUUAAGACAGACAUAUAUUGUUUUCAAAAUACAUUUUUAAUGUAUGAGCUGGGGAAAUGAGAUGCUGCUCUUGCACUUUAUAAAAAAAAAAGGUUAAACUUUACUUUUUAAAAAAAACUAUAGGAAAUUUAACAGGGAAAAAGAGGAGCACUAGAGACACAAAAUUGUGCCUCAGAAUGAAAUGUCACUUCAGAGCAGUGCCCACUUUCUAUGGAUGUGCAUUGUCCAUAUGAAGGUGGAUCUGCCACUGGUCUCUUAGACCUGUUCUGCCCCACUAAAAAAUCCCCCAAACCCAAACACCAAACUAAACGUACCAGAAACAUGCUGCGUCCUGGACAGAGCUCCCGUUUUAUUGGCACUAGUGGCUAAAUCCUCACAAUUACAAAUUCGAUGGAACACUGUUGGAAUUAGAAAUAAGAAAGUAGAACAAAUGC